GUUCGGUACCCAGAACUGAAGAAGGCGAAGGCGCCAGUGAGGCGGAGGAGAGGUGCGCUUGACUUCCAGUGAAUCACCAAUUUAUAGAGGUGUGCUUCCGCCACUUCUUUCCUCUCCCAUUGUCACCACUGCUGUCUGACUGUCAUCUCAUCUAGACUGCUGGGAAAGGCACCGUAGAGUAGUGUUAAGAACACAGGCUCUAGAGUCAGGCUACCACUUACUAGCUUUGUGAACUUGGAUGAUCUCCAGAUCCCUGGUCAUGGAGUAUUUGACUAAUCCUGGUGCACUUAGCUUGGCUGCCGGAGUUGCCUGUGGCGUGUGCCUGGGCUGGGGCCUCCGAGUGCGCUUUGGAAUGCUCCCCAAGAGCUCAGUGAGGGAGACAAAUGCUGACGCUGAGACGGAAGCAAGCAUCCUCGGAGAGAGUGGGGAGUACAAAAUGAUUCUUGUGGUUCGAAAUGACUUAAAGAUGGGAAAAGGGAAGGUGGCUGCCCAGUGCUCUCAUGCUGCUGUUUCUGCCUACAAGCAAAUUCAAAGAAGAAACCCUGAGUUACUCAAAGAGUGGGAAUACUGUGGCCAGCCCAAAGUGGUAGUCAAAGCUCCUGAUGAAGAAACUCUGGUUGAAUUACUGACCCAUGCAAAAGUGCUGGGACUGACUGUAAGUUUAAUCCAAGAUGCAGGACGUACUCAGAUUGCCCCAGGCUCUCGAACUGUUCUAGGAAUUGGACCAGGACCAGCGGACCUAAUUGACAAGGUCACCGGUCACCUAAAACUUUACUAGGUGUAAUUUUGUAUGAUGAUGGUGGUCCCACCACCACAAGUGUUUGAAACUGUCAAAUUCUAACAAUAAAAGCUGAACUUCUUCCCCCAGCUAAGUA